AUUCAACUGCGCAUUAACCUUUCUUUCAGUUAAACAUAAUCAUCCUCAUCCUCAUCCUCAUCAUCAUCAUCAUCAUCUUCCUCAUCGUUAACAUUACCUUCAUCAUCAUCAUCACACACUCCUACUCCACCUCACCACAAUCACUCUCUCUCUCUCUCUCAUCCCAUCAUCGUUAUGUCCAUGUAUACGAUUGUUCAAUUACCUUCUUCAUUGGAAUCAACAAUUAAAGUGAUUUAAUCGGUGUAUGUUCAUAAUCAAUCAACACUUUAAUAGAUAAUGGAUUCUCAUCAUUUUAAUCCAUAUCAUCAUCCUUACUACAGAGUUGGAACUGGCGUCAAAGAUCAUCCUCAUCACCAUCAUCAUCAAAGCGUUGAAACAGCAGCUCAAGCAGCCAUAGUUCAAUCAAGAAUAUUGGAAAUGCGUAAGGAAAAAAGUCGAGAUGCCGCUCGUUCGAGAAGAGGUAAAGAGAACCACGAAUUUUACGAAUUGGCAAAGUUACUUCCACUUCCGGCUGCCAUCACCUCUCAAUUAGGUAUCAUGAAUAAAGCAUCAAUAAUAAGGUUAACAAUUAGUUACCUUAAAUUACGUGAUUUCGCUAAUAAUGGUGAACCUAAUUGGGCAGCGAUUCCAAUUAAUCAAAACAACAAUCCACUUAAAUCUAGUAAAAUGUAUAAUAUGUUUGAUGUUCAUCAAGGAACUCAUAUACUUCAGUCAUUAGAUGGUUUCGCAUUCGCAUUAGGUUCAGAUGGGAGAUUUUUGUACAUUUCAGAAACUGUAUCAAUCUACCUUGGUCUUAGUCAGGUUGAAAUGACAGGAUCAAGUAUAUUUGAUUAUACUCACCAACAGGAUCACACUGAAUUAGCUGAACAAUUGGGUUUAACUCACACCUCAUCUUCAUCCUCUUCAUCUUCAUCUCAUUUAAGUUCAUCUCCUUUACCACCAGCUUCAGUUGCUUCAAAUGCCUCAUCCAAUGAAUCCGAUAGUCCCACCUCAUAUUCAAAUUCAGUAAACAAUGUGAUGACCACAGCAAAUUAUGACCAUUUAGAGAGGCAGUUUUGUAUCAGGAUGAAAUCAACUCUAACCAAAAGAGGAUGUCAACAUUUUAAAUCCUCUGGUUACAGGGUAGUUCAUGUUAUCUCACAUUUAAGACCCGAUUUCAAUGCAAGAAGGGACAGUCAAAAUGGUCCCGUUAAGCUUGUUGGCCUUGUCGCAGUGGCGAUCGCACUUCCACCGCCUUCUGUAAACGAAUUACGUUUAGAACCUGAUAUGUUUGUCAUGAGAUUAGGACUCGAUUUUAAAAUACUUCAUUGUGAACCUAGAAUAUCAGAUCUUCUUGAUUAUAAUGCUGAUCAAUUAACGGGACGUAAUAUGUAUUCAUUGGUUCAUGGAGAGGAUGUUAUUCAACUUAGAAAAUGUCACCUUGAUUUAAUACACAAAGGGCAAGUUAUGUCCAAAUAUUAUAAGAUAAUGAACAAAAAUGGAGGAUUCACCUGGAUUCAAACCUGUGCAACGUUAAUUUGUAAUAAUAGUGGUACAACUAACGGUAAAGGUCCGACUAAUAAUGGGCCAACUAACGGAGGUGGUACAGAGGAUCAAGAACAAAGCAUUAUUAGUGUAAAUUAUGUUAUUAGUGGUGUAGAAUAUGAUAAUGUGAUAAUGGAUUCAAGUCAACUUGGUGGUGGAAUUGGUUUAGUUAAUUCUGUCUCAUCUUCACCGAUAACAAUUAAAACAAGUCCAUCUUCUAAACGGAUAACCCCAUCACCGCCUUCACCUUUAACAACGGCGGUUGGAUCACAACCUCAACCCUCUUCAACCCCAUCUUCUGUUUCAUCCUCAUCACCAUCAGCAACCAUAAAUCAAUCCAAUCAAUUGUCAUCGUCGAACGGUUCAAAUGGCCUAAUCGGGACCGGAAUUCGUCGUCCAUUAACCAGUGAUUCUUGUUCCUCUCAACAGCAACACCAACAGCAGCAGCAACAACAACAACAUGGACUAUCGAAUGGGAACUCGCCAGGUCACCAUGGAAUCGUCGCGAAUAAUAACAAUUCAUCUUCAUCUUCAAAUUUAAAUAUUAUGGGUAAUUCAUCAAUUGAUUGUUCUAAACGUCGUCGUUACACUUCUAGUCCUGUUCGACCCUGGAAAUCCCCAUCACCUCCCUCAAGUGAAUCACCUGGAGUAGGAGUAACGGUUGGAUCAAAUGGUUUAGCCAAUAUUGUCGGUGGACAUAAUUUAAUGUCCAGUCCAAGUAGUCCAGGAGCCUGUGGAAGUCCAGCUUCCAAUUUACUUCGCCAUAUAAGUGUGAUCAGGGAAACUCCAGCUAUUCUUAAGCCUCAAGUUGUCGCUCCUACUGCAGCCUAUCACGCUCAUCAUAUUCCCCAUCACACUCACCCUAAUCCCCACCAUACUCAUCAACACCAUCAACAUACCCAUCCCCAUGUUCACCCACAUUCACAUGCAUAUCAUCAAUCACCUCCACCACCAAUAUCCUCCCAACAACAACAACAACCACCUCCACCUCCUCAUCCACCUUCACAUUCAACUCAUCCUCAUUAUCAUCAUCUGGUUGACCCUUAUACAGCAGCAUAUCACAUCUACAAGACUGGUGGUAAUCAUGGUGGACCCGGAGUCUCCCAAACGGCAACGGUAACACCAGGACAGGUAGUUACAGGUAACAACCAUCAUCUCCAUUGGGGAGCUUAUAAUUAAAGGAAAUCUACAAAAUGAUUUAACUUCAACAUGGAAAAUUUUUACACCUUGUCACAGUCUAAAAUUAACCCAAUCAACACAAAAUGACCACUACGAUGACCACCACAGCUUAAUCACCAAAAAAGAAACCAGAAAAGCAUCAACAACAAAAAAGAUGACCAAAUCUCCUC